UCGCAAACAUUAAAAAAAUCCUGAGAGAAUUUAAGAACAAAUUUUAAAUGAAAUUUUAUAGAUUACGUACGAUAGAGGAAAUUUUGAAGGAUUGUGUCACGGCAUCAGAUGCCAAAUUAUUGAGAAUAUCGAUGGCCAGGAACGGGAUUUAGAGAAGUAUAAUGGCGCAUUCUAAAUUGAAGCCUGCAUUUUUCCUCAUCUGUCUAAUGUGUCUUCAGAUAAAGAGCGACGGAUUGGGUCACGAUGCUCUUCAAUCUGUCUGCAGUUCGACCUUGGAUACGAAAUUUUGCAUGUCUACUGUGUCGUCGUUUGAGGGGUCAAAGGAUGGGGGAGCAUUAGAUCUUGGAAGGAUGGCUCUAAAUGUGAGCAUUGCUGAAGCUCGAAAAGUUUUUGAACUUAUUGCUCGAUUGGGUCGGUGGGCAUUCAAUCAAAGACAGCUCAUUGCUCUUGAAGAUUGUCUGGAGCUUUUUGAUAUAACGUUGGACAGUUUAGAGAGGUCUAUGUCAAAGGUGAACAAUUCCAACAGUAAUUCUUUAGGUUGGAGGCAGUCAAUGGAUGUUCAGACAUGGCUCAGUGCAGCUAUAACCAACCAGGAUACCUGCUUGGAAGGCUUUCAAGAGAGCAGUGGAAAUCAACAAUCAUCGUUUAGCAGCAGUUUGCAUAAUGUGUCGAGACUUCUGAGUAGUUCUCUGGCUCUGGUCAAGAAUAUUCCUGUUGUGGGAAGCCAUCACAAACGACGCUUGCUAUCUGAUAUGCCAAGAGGAAGGAUAAAUAAUGACGGGUUUCCCUCCUGGUUGUCUGCUGGGGAUCGGAGAAGACUUCUGCAAGAUGAUGGCAUUUCAGUUGGUGAUAUGGUGACUGUCGCAGGGGAUGGCAGUGGGAAUUACACCACAAUUAACGAAGCGUUGAAUGCUGCUCCGAACAAUAGCCAGGAGAGAUUCGCCAUCUAUGUUAAGGAAGGGGUGUACCAGGAGUAUAUAGAAGUUCCCAUUUAUAAGACAAAUAUUAUGAUGGUGGGAGAUGGGAUAAAUGUUACUGUGAUUACUGGCAACAGAAACUAUGUCGAUGGAUGGACUACCUACAGCUCUGCAACAGUCUCCGUGAUUGGGAUAGGUUUCAUGGCUCGUGAUAUUACAUUCGAGAACACAGCAGGGCCAGAAAAAUGUCAGGCCGUUGCUCUGAAAGUAAUCUCCGAUCUCUCAGUCUUCUACCGUUGCAGUAUCAACGGCUUCCAAGACACCCACUACGUGCACUCCUUCCGUCAAUUUUACAGGGAAUGUGACAUCUACGGCACUGUAGAUUUCAUAUUCGGGGACGCUGCAGUGGUGUUCCAGACCUGCAACAUGUUCGUCAGAAAACCCAUUGAAGGCCAAAGCAAUAUAAUCACAGCCCAAGGCAGAUGUGAUUCAAAUGAGAAUACAGGGAUUUCAAUUCAAAACUGCACCAUUACUGCUUCGCCCGAGGUUGCGUCAGACAAGAGCCUACUCCCCACAUAUCUGGGGAGACCAUGGAAAGAAUACUCUCGCGCAGUUUUUAUCAAGUCAUACAUAGAUGAUGUGGUUCUGCCAGCUGGAUGGAUGGAAUGGAGAGGAGCCUUUGCCUUGAGUACGCUCUACUAUGGAGAAUAUCUCAACUGGGGACCGCGGGCAGAAACUGCAGAAAGAGUUCAAUGGCCUGGUUAUCACGUCAUGAGCUUGUCUGAUGCAGAACUUUUUACUGUAACAAAUCUGAUCGCGGGUGAUACUUGGAUAAAUACUGUACCCUUCAUUGCUGGCUUGAAUUAGAACAUGAUAUAACAUAAUGCUAUUUGUUACAGUAAUCAUCAUGGGAAUUAAAUGUAUAUAUGGAUUUAAUUGACUCCGUGACCAUAUGCCCCACCUGCAAAGACAAUUCAGGGAUAUAAUCAUUGUCUUCUGAAUAUCUUUUUGCAGCUUUAUUUAGCUAUGUACAUUCUAAAACCAUCAUACUCACACUACCGUAGUGUUGGGGGUAGGUACAUAUUGAUAUGAUAACCAGUCAAUCUCUACUCUCUACUCUACGGGGUGUGACUUGCAUUGAAGUUACGUGAAAACACUAACAUCAAAAGACAGCCACACGUAAAAUGUACAAAAGUCGGUGCAAUUUGUUGUGGCCCCAGCUUGUAAACUUUAAAAAAAAUCUUGGCUUUGUACGACUAAGAUUUACAUUUCAAGGUCAAAGUUAUAUUUGAGUAAA